GACUUCUCGCUGCGAGGAACGAAUCGAAAGUUUCUUCUGCCAAGGAGAAGGGAGAGGGAGAGAGGGAGAAGAAGACCAAACGUCUCCAGAGAUGGCGGGUCACGAACAAGUCGGUGUCGGCGAUUUUGUCCUUUUGGACCAAAUAACCAUUGAAAAUUUUAUGCACAACCUGCAAAUUAGAUUUAAUGCAGGCAAAAUUUAUACUUACAUAGGUGAAGUAUGUGUGUCUGUAAAUCCUUACCGUACAACAAACAUCUACGGACCGGAACAGAUUUCCCAAUACAAAGGCCGUGAGUUAUUUGAGAACCCUCCUCAUAUAUUUGCUAUUGCGGAUGCUGCUCACAAGCAAAUGAAGCAACAAGGCCGAGACACCUGCAUUGUUAUCAGUGGUGAAUCAGGCAGUGGAAAAACUGAAGCAUCUAAGAUUAUUAUGAAAUAUAUUGCAGCUGUCACCAAUGUGGGUGGUCAGAAAGAGAUUGAGAGAGUUAAAGAUGUUCUACUGCAGUCCAAUGCUAUCCUUGAAGGGUUUGGGAAUGCAAAAACAAAUCGAAAUGACAACUCAUCCCGUUUUGGAAAAUAUAUGGACAUAAACUUUGAUUUCAAAGGUGAUCCCCUCGGUGGACAUAUUAAUAAUUAUCUUUUAGAAAAGUCUAGAGUUGUUGUACAACAACCUGGAGAAAGAAACUUCCAUAGUUUUUACCAACUACUAAGUGGUUGCAAUGAAAAUGAUUUGAAAAACCUCCAACUGAGUCGUGAUCCAGCAAAAUAUGUUUACACUCAGCAUAGUGGGACAAGGGUUGGAAGUGAAGAUCGUACUGAUCACAGAGCAACACAGUCUGCUUUCCGCACACUUGGCUUUACUGAUGAUGAAGUGGAUACAGUUUGGAGAAUAGUGGCGGCAAUUUUGCAUCUGGGUAAUCUUAAAUUUGCCUCAUCUGAUGACUCCACUGACAUUGCUACCAAGAAAGAACUGGACAUUGUUGCAAAGCUACUCUGUCUCAGAGCAAGUGACCUAAAGGCUGCCUUAACUGAGAGAGUUAUUGCUGCGCGUGGGGAAGUGAUGCAGAAGACACACACCACAAAUCAGGCAGAAACUGGCAGAGAUGCCUUGGCUAAGGCUGUGUAUGAAAGAUUGUUCCAAUGGAUUGUGAAGAGAAUUAACACUGCUAUUAAUGUUGAUGAAAAGCUUGUAUACCACCGAUUUAAAGGCACUGUCAUUGGUGUACUUGAUAUUUAUGGAUUUGAAGUUUUUGAUGCCAACGGGUUUGAACAAUUUUGUAUCAAUUACUGCAAUGAAAAAUUACAACAGCUUUUUAUUGAGUUGGUAUUGAAGCAAGAACAGGAGGAGUACAAGAAUGAGGGUAUUGAAUGGACCAAUAUUGAUUAUUUCAAUAACCAGGUUAUUUGUGAACUUGUGGAGAAACCACACAAUGGUGUUCUGGCAGUUCUUGAUGAAGCAUGCUUAAAUGUUGGAAAAGUAACUGAUGAAAUGAUUGUAGAGGCUUUUGAUAACAAACUCAAAGGAAAUGCUCAUUAUUCAAGCCGUCAAAUUGUUCCAAGUGACAAGACUUUGAAGCACAAAGAGGAGUUCAAAAUUCGGCACUAUGCUGGAGAUGUAAAAUAUGGUAUCACUGGCUUUCUGGAAAAGAAUAAGGAUACAGUUUUUCAAGAUUUUAAACGGUUACUUUAUAAUUCAUCUGAUAAAAAUAUCAGUUCUAUGUGGCCAGAAGGUGCUGAAGACAUAACAAAGACUACUAAAAGGCCCAUGACAGCUGGUGCAUUGUUCAAAGCAUCAAUGAUUGCACUUGUUAAGAACUUAACAAGUAAAGUUCCUUUUUAUGUCCGCUGUAUUAAACCAAAUGAACUGAAGUCUCCAGUAGCAUUUGAUGCUGAAAGAGUUCAGCAUCAGGUUUCUUACCUAGGACUUGUUGAAAACACUAGAGUUAGAAGGGCUGGAUUUGUGCAUCGUGUCAGCUAUGAUCGUUUCUUGAAACGGUACAAAAUGAUUUCCAAGUAUACAUGGCCUAACUUCAAGGGAGGCUCCCAGAAAGAAGGGACCAAAGUUCUCAUAAAUGAAAGGGGCUUUGCUAAUGAUGUCAAAUAUGGCCAUACUAAGCUAUUCAUUAGAACUCCAGCUACCCUGUUUUCUCUCGAAAAUGCUCGAGCUGAAUUGAUACCAAGCAUUGUAGUACUACUUCAGAAAGUAUGGAGAGGUACUCUAGCACGCAUGCAGUACCGUAAAAUGAAGGCUGCUCUUGUCAUCAUGAGGUACUAUCAUGCCUACAAGUUGCGUUCCUAUAUUUCGCAACUCGCUUCCAGUUUUAAAGGAGCCAAACAUAUGAGAGAUUACGGAAAAAGUAUCCAGUGGCCUGUGAUGAGUGUUGCCAUUCGUCCUACAUACCCCAAGCUGCGUGCCAUGUUUGAGCGAUGGUGGGCGUGGAUGAUCCUACAUAAAGUGCCUCGGCAAGAUUGGGCACAGUUAAGGCUGAAAGUGGCUGCUGCUUCUGCCCUUAAAAAUCAGAGAAGACUAUAUGGACAGGAGCGUAGUUGGGAUGGUGACUAUCUUUCAAAGCCUGAUGAGAAUGCAAAUUCUGAUCUCUUCAAGUCUAGUGUGAAUAAUAUUAAGAAUUCUGAAAGACUAAGAAUGGUCAUGUUUUCUUCAUUUGUUCGGAAAGUCAAUAGAUUCAAUAAAAUUGCACAAAGAGUCCUCCUUGUAAGUGACUCGCAUAUUUACAAGCUUGACCCAGAAAAGAGAUUUAAGCCAAUGAAAAGGGGGUGGCCCAUAUCAGAGGUUACAGGACUCAGUUUAACUCCUGGCCAAGACCAGCUCAUUGUCAUUCAUUCUAGUAAAGACAAUGACCUAGUCAUUUCUCUGGAACCACAAUCUAGAUCCCAGUCAAGAGAGGAUCGUAUUGGAGAACUUGUAGGAGUAUUGUGUUCUAGAUAUUCACAGCUGCGAAAUGGAGAAGACCUGCGAGUUAAUGUUGCCCCCAAAUUCCCAAUCAUGUUGGGCAAAAAGAAACGGUCUUUGAUUGUAGAAACAUCUCCUAAUAUCACCGAACCAGGAUUCCGUGCUGAAAAGAGUGGGACAAUUGUCUACACUCUGCCCUCUUCAUUUGCAGUGCCACAACGGCAAGCACCACCUCCACCUCCCACCCGCUAGGCAAACUUGUGUAAGCCACUGCAACUGUUAACGACCUUGUUAAUUAUUUUUUAUUUCUGCUUACAUUAUGAAUGUAGGCAACUAGUAAUUCUAUUUACACUGGUUUCAUCCAGGUUUGUGCUUUUAGUUGGUGUUUUCACCUUUUUUUUUUACAUUAGUUUUAGCAUUUCUUUCAUUGUUUUUCUAUGAAUGAAUAUUUUAUAACACCAAUACAUUUGACUUAUGGAAGUCUGAAGGCUAAAAUGUAUUAGUAUCAAGUAUCAGUUUUGCAGAAUUUUUAACAAAUUUUGAUUAUUUUUUAUUCUUUUUGGAGAGAUGCAAAAUAUUUUAUUGCAAGUGAAUGUGGAUCAUUUUGGGUCCACCUUUAUUUCCUCUUAGAACGUUUCUCCUAAAAUACUGAUAUUUUAAGUCUGUUUCUAGUCUUUCUGUACUUUCAUGUUUGAUUUUGGUAUGCUGUGUUUAUUUUACUAUCAUAAAUUGUGUGCUAAUAUUUGUUUCUAAGGUGUAUUAAAGGUAGUAUGUUAUGGUUAUUUCCCUCCUUAAUAUUGCUAUUGUACUACCUAUUAGUUACCAAAGUUUGUUGAAUGAAUUUUCUUUUAGUUGCCUUAUAGUUGCUGUGUAUUGAAAAAAGUAUUCCUAUUUAAUUGUCCUCAUAUAAGACACAUCAUCUUAUAUUCUCAAUUGACACCUUUCACUUCCUGAAGUGCACUGAUUCCCAUUUUAGCUUUUAAGUACAUUGUCUGUGGAGCUCUCAUCUAAAAAUGCCAUUAUGUAUUUAAUAAGAGUGUAUUUCUUGUAUAUCAUGUCAUGACUUUCAUAGUUUUUGAACAAUGUGUGAAUUUAAUCCUGAGGAGCUUUAACUCUCUGUUAGCUUGAUCAGUAUACCGUAACAUCAAAAUCGAUCUGUAUCAAAUCCUAUGGACAUUUUAAUACCUCUCACUUUGUAUUAUAACAAAAACCUUCCGUUGUGAAAACAUUGCCGCACCAAUCAUUAAUCUCAAAGUCAAUUACGAAGCUAUUUUCUAAUCUAAUCCCUACAAAGACAAUAUUGAGUAAGCAUUUACUGUUGAUGAGUUUUGACCGUCUUUAUAGACCAUAUUCACCCUUGUUUCAAACAAGAAACGUUGGUGCUGCACUAUUUAUUUAUUUUUGCACUUUGUAAGCAAAAUAUCUGUGAUUUUUUAUUACCUCUUUGGGGAGAGUUCUAUUUUGUAGUUCCUGGAGAUGCAAAUAUUAUCAAUAGUCCGAAGUGUCUCUUAAGUCAAGAUUAAGUAAAAUUAUAUUCUUAA